GUCUAGAUACCUGUUGCUGGUGGGUAUGACAAAAAUGUCAAAAGUAAAAUUUAAAAAAUGAUUUGAUGUUGAAAGUUAUAUCUAAAUUAAAAAUGAGUUCCAGUACUCUAGCCCUUAAAAAUAACCCGACAAAUUAUGAAGAACUUAAUUUGAAAUGUCCGAAAUUUCAAGAGCCAAAAUCCCCUGCACUCCUAUUGACUUCAUUAUGGCUGUUUCAGUCUAUAUUUUCUGCAUGCAAAAUGGACUUUUAUACUAAUGUCCAAGGAAUAUCUAUAACAUUUAAUAUACAAGAUGUGGUACUAAUUUCAUUUGCUGCUUGGAUGUUACACAAGGGAUUAUCAUCAAGAAACAUUGCCUUAAUCUUACCAUGGAUUAUAGUCACAUUGUAUGGACUAUACUAUAACCAUUAUAGAAGUCUUAGAAGGAUGACUGUAAUAUUGAGAGCUGUAAGAUUAGCUUCUCCAUUUCCUUGGAUAGCACUCUUUUUGACUGCUGUUGGUUUAGGAUUGAGAAUGGCUUUAACCCUUAGAACUCUGCAACUGUCAGCAAACCUAUGGUAUAGAAAGAAAUUGGAGAAAGAAUUAUAUCAAACUCUCAGUUAAUCUGUUAUAUUAUUUUGUUAUAUGUUGAAAUUAAGAGAGGAAAAAUAUAUGAUAAAACUGUA